CGUGCUUAAACGAAAUUUACGAAACUAAAAUAAAUAAAAUACGAAGAGGUUAUUUUCGUUUGUCGUUUAGUAGCGAUGUCUUGCGGAUUCACACCGGACGUGGCCCGGAUGCUGGAGCAAAUGGCCGUGGAGAAAGAGCGCCACUCCGUCGAGGCCCAGCAGAGUUUAGUGGAGACUGAGCAAAAUGUGGCUCGGGCCAAGUCGAAGUUGGCCAAAGUGGAGCAAAAGCACCACAAGCAGCAGCAAGAAAAUAGCUACGACUGGACUCGGACGUACGAGAAGUGGGACGCGUGGGAGGACCCCGAAGAACUCGCAAGACAAGAGCAGGAGGCCCGAGAGCGCAGCGAGCGAGCAGCCAAAGCUCAAAUGGGCUGCAACCACGACCACUCGGCCGAGCAAAAGCUGAUGGACAUGACAACCCAGGAGAAGCUAACAGCUUGUGACGAGUUCAGAGUAUUGGGCAACCUCUUCUUCAAGCACGGUCAAUACCAGCGAGCGGCGUUCCACUACCACAAAGCACUCGUAUAUUUCGAGUAUGUGUUUCCAGAUACCGAUGAAGAGGAAGUCCAGGCCGACGCAUUAAAACUCAAACUUCUGCUCAAUUUCGCUGCUUGCCGACUCAAGACAAUGCAUCUGGAUGAUGCAGUGCAUCACGCCAACCAGGCACUCGAAAUUGACUCGAAUAACGUCAAGGCACUCUAUCGUCGAGCCCAGGCUUACAGAUUGAAGGACGAAUUCGACCUUGCACACAAGGAUAUCGCGCGUGCUAUUGAGCUUUCGAAGGCCGGAGAAACAAAGCAGUCAGCAGAUUCACUCUUGAUACAAGAGAAGAAGCUGCUACAGGCUAAAGUGUUCGCGUACAAACUGCGGACGAAGCAGGUAUCAGCUGCGAUGUUUGGCACUGGUGACAAGACCAAGGCACCGGAACGUUACGUUCCCGGCCUUCGUGUUUCAGACUCAAACGCUAUGGCGCUCAACUUGAAGAGCUCGAGUUCAGCUUCAACGCUGACAAACGAGUUCCCCUGCCUGGACACUUGGCAGCCUUCAACUCGGGGUCUAAAAGAGCUGCAGACACUAGUUUCCAGUCUCGAAAGCCACUGAAGUAAAGGAAAAUGUAACGAGAAUUAUAUUCUAUAGGUUGUACUAUCGCAAAGUAAGGGAUGAUAAGGGAAUCCUUUGAUUCUAGUCC